ACUACUCCCUCCGUUUCUUUUUUCCUUCUUCAUUUUUCAGAGCGAGAAGUCGAGAGGAACAUUGCAUUUACCAUUGGUCUAUCAGAGAGAGAGAGAGAGAGAGGGAGAGAGAGAAAGAGAGAAGAGAGCAACAAUGGUGGUGUCUUUGAGAUGGUUCUCCGUAGGUUCAUUGCUGGUUCUAACGCUGCUUUUUAUAAGCGUGAAGGCCUCCGAAGAGAAGGAUCGUGAUCAGCUAGUACAGUCAAGUGACAGGCUUGCAGAGACACAGGAGUUGAAGAGCUCCAACAAUGCGCCAAUGGCGAACAGGUCGGAGGAUGGUUGGAAUGAGCACGCUGUGCAUGAUCCAGAGGAGGUAGCUUCUAUGGUUGAACUGAGCAUUCGUAAUAGCACAGAAAGGAGGAACUUGGGAUAUUUUUCGUGUGGAACUGGGAACCCAAUUGAUGACUGUUGGCGCUGUGAUAGACGGUGGUACCUCCGCCGAAAGCGCCUUGCGAAUUGUGCGAUUGGAUUUGGACGCAAUGCCGUUGGCGGACGCGAUGGCAAAUACUAUGUUGUUAGUGAUCCCAGCGAUAAUGACCCCGUUAAUCCCAGACCGGGCACGCUCCGCCACGCAGUCAUUCAGGACAGGCCAUUGUGGAUUGUGUUCAAGAGGGACAUGGUGAUCAGACUUAAGCAGGAGCUGAUCAUGAAUAGCUUCAAGACCAUUGAUGGUCGUGGUGCCAAUGUCCACAUUGCUUAUGGGGCUUGCAUCACUAUCCAAUUCAUAACCAAUGUCAUUAUCCACGGCCUACAUAUCCACGAUUGCAAGCCGACUGGCAAUGCCAUGGUUCGGAGCUCGCCAAGCCAUUUUGGGUGGAGAACAAUGGCUGAUGGGGAUGCCGUUUCCAUCUUUGGUUCAAGCCACAUUUGGGUUGACCACAAUUCACUCUCCAAUUGUGCUGAUGGCCUUGUUGAUGCUAUUAUGGGCUCCACUGCCAUCACCAUUUCUAACAACUACUUCACCCACCACAAUGAGGUUAUGCUAUUGGGUCACAGUGACACUUACACAAGAGACAAGCAGAUGCAAGUGACCAUUGCCUACAACCAUUUUGGUGAGGGUCUAAUCCAGAGAAUGCCAAGGUGCAGGCAUGGAUAUUUCCAUGUGGUGAACAAUGACUACACACACUGGGAAAUGUAUGCCAUUGGUGGGAGUGCUGAGCCUACCAUUAACAGCCAGGGCAAUAGAUAUCUUGCACCUGUGAACCCUUUUGCCAAGGAGGUGACAAAGAGGGUUACAUUUGAUGGUGCAUGGAAGCACUGGAAUUGGAGAUCAGAAGGUGACCUUCUGCUGAAUGGAGCCUACUUCACACCAUCAGGAGCUGGAGCAGCAGCCAGCUAUGCAAGAGCCUCAAGUUUAGGGGCAAAGUCCUCUUCCAUGGUUGGUGCCAUUACCUCGGCUGCUGGUGUCCUUAGUUGCCGCAGGGGAUCCCAGUGUUAAUAAUUCCCAAUCCCACCGACCGACAAAUAGAUAAUGGGCCGGUGGAAAUUAAACACAGAUAAGGGAAAAAAAAAAAAAAGAAA